UCGCCCGCCCCCUGUUCCGCAGUCGAAGCCCAAGUGCGCCUGCGCGCAGGUAGGGCCGGAAGGCGGGGCCCCAGCCUUGAAUUUGCGUGCUGGGCUGAGGCCCGGAAUGGGAGACGUGGAGUGCAGUUUCCAGACCCUGACACACCCACCUUCCUUCCCGCCUCGGUUCUGAGCAUCCCCCAGCUGCCAGGCAAGAUGAAACCUAAACUGAUGUACCAGGAGCUGAAGGUCCCUGUUGAGGAGCCUGCAGGAGAACUGCCCAUGAAUGAAAUUGAGGCUUGGAAAGCAGCAGAGAAGAAAGCCCGCUGGGUCCUUCUAGUCCUUAUCCUGGCAGUGGUGGGUUUUGGUGCCCUGAUGACUCAGCUGUUUCUAUGGGAAUACGGAGACUUGCAUCUCUUUGGACCCAACCAGCGCCCAGCCCCCUGCUAUGACCCCUGCGAAGCAGUGCUGGUGGAGAGCAUUCCUGAAGGUCUGGAGUUCCCCAAUGCUACCGCGAGCAACCCCUCCACUAGCCAGGCCUGGCUGGGCCUGCUCGCUGGUGCUCGAAGCAGCCUGGACAUUGCCUCCUUCUACUGGACCCUCACCAACAAUGACACCCACACACAGGAGCCCUCUGCUCAGCAGGGUGAAGAGGUCCUCCGACAGCUCCAGGCCCUGGCACCUCGAGGCGUGAAGGUUCGAGUUGCUGUGAGCAAGCCCAACGGACCCCUGGCAGAUCUGCAGGCUCUGCUGCAGAGUGGUGCCCAGGUCCGUAUGGUGGAUAUGCAGAAGCUGACUCAUGGUGUCCUGCACACCAAGUUCUGGGUGGUGGACCAGACCCACUUCUACCUAGGCAGUGCCAACAUGGACUGGCGCUCCCUGACCCAGGUCAAGGAGCUGGGCAUGGUCAUGUACAACUGCAGCUGCCUCGCUCGAGACCUGAGCAAGAUUUUUGAGGCCUACUGGUACCUGGGCCAGGCGGGCAGCUCCAUCCCAUCAACCUGGCCCCGAUCCUAUGAGACUCACUACAAUCAAGAGACACCAAUGGAGAUCUGCCUUAAUGGGACCCCAGCUCUGGCCUACCUAGCAAGUGCACCCCCACCCCUGUGUCCGAGUGGCCGCACCCCAGACCUGAAGGCUCUUCUCAAUGUGGUGGACAACGCCCGGAGCUUUAUAUACAUUGCAGUAAUGAAUUACCUGCCCACCAUGGAGUUCUCCCACCCACGCAGGUUCUGGCCAGCCAUUGAUGAUGGACUUCGACGUGCUGCCUAUGAGCGAGGUGUCAAAGUGCGCUUGCUCAUCAGCUGCUGGGGACACUCUGAGCCAUCCAUGCGGUCCUUCCUGCUCUCCCUGGCUGCCCUUCGGGACAACCACACCCACUUUGACAUCCAAGUGAAACUCUUUGUGGUUCCUGCGGAUGAAUCUCAGGCUCGAAUCCCCUAUGCCCGAGUCAGCCACAACAAAUACAUGGUGACUGAACGUGCUACCUACAUUGGAACCUCCAACUGGUCUGGGAGCUACUUCACAGAGACUGCGGGCACCUCACUGCUAGUGACACAGAAUGGGCGUGGUGGCCUGCGCAGGCAGCUGGAGGCUGUUUUUCUGAGGGACUGGGACUCCCCUUACAGCCAUGACCUUGACACCUCAGCUGAUAGCGUGGGCAAUGCUUGUCGCCUGCUCUGAGGCCCAGCCCAGUGGACAGGCCAAGGCCUGCCAUGCCCCCUUGUUGUUGUCCCUCAACCCCCGCUUCUCUCUGCCCCAUGUGGCUCCACAGGUUUCCCCUCCCAUACCAUGCUCCCGACGCUACCUCCGCCCCCACUGGCCUGAUGCUAUGGCCCGGGACCUAGCAGAGCUGGGGGAGGGAUCAGGCCCCAAUGAAGUAGGGGUGCAUGCUGGGCCCAGAUUGCUGGCCCACCCCCUUUUCUAGGGCAAAAAGGACCCAAGAUUAUAAUAAGUAAAUAAUUAUCAGUACAGCCUGUGCUU